UGACCCUUUAUAUUCGAAAACAAUAGAUAUCCAGUGACCCUCAUCAUCACACCUGCUUUCUAAAACUGUACCUGGAAAACGUCUGAAAAGUAUUGCCACACCAGCAGAAUGAGAUGAGCCAUGGCUAAAAAUGAUCUUUGUCACCACAUUUUUUUAAGUCAGCAUCUGAGGAAUGUGUCUCUAGAAAUAAAAAAAACAAUUGGCCUUUAAGGGUAUCACCACUGUUUAAAAAUGACAUUGAUGUCCCGACAAAAGAAAACGAGGAGCUGCGCACAAGCCAGUGCUGAACAGGACCGAUACAAGCGCCGAUGGGUGCUGAGACUGAACGGGUUGCCUGAAACUGAUGGUGAGAAUAUCAGAGGGAUUGUGCUUGUCAUUAUUGGGAAGUUUGUUCCAUAUCACUGCUACCCUGAACAUCGCGGUAUAUGUUGUACACAGUCUCGGAGACAAGAGAAAGGAGAAGAACAGACAGACAGGUCAUCAUUAUGUUUGCGUUGAGCGGUUGAGGAACGUGAGAGACGUGAGAGACGAGGUUUGGAGAGCUGCGAAGCUGGCGCCGAUCUGCAGGGAGAAAGGCAUUCGCUUUGCAGAAGAAUUGAGCAAGCGCGACAGGGAUGCCCGUGCGAAGCUGUGGCCACAAGUCGAUGUGGCAAGAAGCAGGUGGUAAAAGCAUUCUUUCGCCAGGGGUUUGCUGUCAUUGGCCGCCGCAGGGUGGAGGCACGUGACUGACUGAUUCACGCUUUACGAGUUGAAGCCAUAUACUUUUUCAACUGAUGCAGCAGUGCACAUUACUCAGUGCAUCCGGCGCUCGUAUCCCACUAGCCGAUGGCCGAGCCGUGAUCCUAGGUCGUGGUCCAGAGACUGGAGUUAUUGACAAGAAGUGCUCCCGACACCAGGUGAAGCUGGUGGCCUGUUAUGCAGACAAGGAGGUACUUGUAACACAGCUUGGUCCCAACCCCUCAUCCUUGGGCAGUGAGAGUCUUGGUAGAGGCCAGUCUGGCCGACUGACCCAUGACAGCACCCUCUACCUGGUUAACCAGAGCCACCCCUUCCGCGUGCAGUUCUCUGCUUCCAACGAAACCUCAUCCUCUGCCCAGAAGGGGAAGGUUGUAGAAAGGUUGAAAGCAUUGGAUAAGACAAAAGGAGGUAAGAACGACAGAGGGAGGGAGGUUCAAAGCACAGGUCCCAAACGCAGCAUCCAAGACUUUUUUGUUUCCUCUCCCAAGAAGGCAUCCAAGAGGUCACACAGUUCUGAGGAGGACCCGCAGGAGAAGCGCAGGAGGACUACAGGCUCCGACAGUGGGGGCGAGGACGAGGCUGAGAAGCUUGCUGAGGAGAAGCUCCGACACCUCCAGGAAAUGUCAGAGAGGGCUUCAGGGGCUAGCAGAGACUGUGUCCAGCAGCAGGCAUCAGUCUCAGCCUGUUCUCGAAGCCACUGGCAGCAGAUUGGAAACCUCAUGCUCUACACUGCUGUUGGCGUCACUGGAAGCACCAAGAUUGCUGGGUUCGACAUUGACGGGUGUAUCAUCACCACCAAUUCUGGAAAAGUGUUUCCCACCAGCCCAGAUGACUGGAGGAUUCUCUUUCCUGAGAUCCAACCCAAACUGGCCAGCUUAUUAAAGAAAGGCUACAAGGUUGUGUUUUUCACCAAUCAGAUGGGUAUAUCUAGGGGGAAACUGAAGCCUGAGGAUUUCAAGUCUAAAGUGGAGAACGUUCUGAAGACAUUACAGCUCCCCAUACAGGUCUUUGUGGCGUCUGGUCCUGGGAUCUACAGGAAGCCAGUGAUGGGGAUGUGGGAGCACCUGUGUGAGAAGUUUGCUCUGAACCUUGGACUACAGUUCCACACUCCAGAGGAGUUCUUCCUGGGCUGGAAGAUCGCCCCCUUCAGUCUUCCUCCAUUUGACUCUAGGAAAUGUGACUCUAACGCCCGUCUAUAUGACCCGCCCAGUGCCUCCCUCACCUCCACCAAGCAGGAAGUAAUCAUUGCCGUGGGUUUCCCUGCUUCUGGGAAAUCAUCCUUUUUCCACACACACAUCGUCCCCAAAGGUUACGUGUACGUGAACAGGGACACCCUGGGCUCGUGGCAGAGCUGUGUUUCGGCCUGUGAGCGGGCUCUGAAGGAGGGGCGCAGCGUGGCGGUGGAUAACACCAACCCAGACCCUGAGUCUCGCAAACGGUAUGUUGACGUCAGCCAGAGUUUGGGCGUGUCCUGUCGGUGCUUCAACUUCUCUGCCUCCCUGGAGCAGGCCAAGCACAACAACAGAUUCCGUGAGAUGGCCCCCUCCACCACCAAGCACCUCAAAGUCAAUGACAUGAUCUUCCACAGUUACAACUUGUGAACCUUACGUGGGGUGCAGAGAUGAAGGAUGGGUACUGGCUGGGGAAAGAUCACCCUGGGGUUUACCUGGGCGAGAGACAGGCGCUCA